AUGGCUCCCAAGAUCGCAGUUGUCUACUAUUCCAUGUACGGGCACAUCAAGCAGCUCGCCGAGGCUGAGAAGAAGGGAAUCGAGGCUGCUGGCGGCACAGCAGAUAUCUUCCAAAUCGCCGAGACCCUGCCGGAGGAUGUUCUCGCCAAGAUGCACGCCCCGCCCAAGCCGACCGACAUAAAGGUGCUCAGCGACCCAGCUACGCUCGCGGGGUACGACGCCUUCCUGCUCGGCAUCCCCACGCGGUUCGGCAACUUCCCGGCGCAGUGGAAGGCCUUCUGGGACCAGACGGGCAAGCAGUGGCAGGGCGGCGACUUCCACGGCAAGCUGGCCGGCGUCUUCAUCUCGACGGCCUCCCCCGGCGGCGGCCAGGAGUCCACGGCCCUGGCGGCCAUGUCCACCCUCGCCCACCACGGCAUCAUCUACGUGCCCCUCGGCUACGCCAACAACUUCGCCCAGCUGACCGACCUCUCCGAGGUCCACGGCGGCAGCCCCUGGGGCGCGGGAACCUUCGCCGCCGGCGACGGAUCGCGCCAGCCAACCCCCAAGGAGCUCGAGGUCGCCGGCAUCCAGGGCAAGACCUUCUACGAGACCGUCUCCAAGUUCACGGGUUGA